UUAGUCCUCGGCUGGAACUAUGAAACAAGAUCCGCCAAUCUGCAACAUCCUGUGUUCGAAUGCUGUAGAGCCCUGAUUUUAGUCCUGGAUUUGCCCAUGGACAAUUACAUGUACUGGCCCAAGCUUCACCCGCAAGAGCAGCUAACGGAUCUGGCAGACUGUAGAAUAAGAAAACCCUCUGUGGAAGACGACAUGCGAAGAGGCAUAAGGUCCAAGAAGAUGAAGCUACAAAAGAACACAGAGCAUGUUAUAAAUAAUAACAGAAAUUCAAAUUUCACCUCUUCCAAGAGGCACGGAUCUGUCAGGACAAGCCGAUCGCCGCCGGUGGAGUCCAAUUCCGUCGCAAACGCCUCCAACGCAUACAAGAUCCCUCCGCCCAGAUUGCCGUCCUCACCAGCCAAAGCGGUUAACUGGCGGCUGGCUUGCUUUCUGGCCAGUGAGUACCUUUCUGGCGGGACAUUGCUGGGGAAGCCAUGGCCAACGGAGGAUUCGGACACGAUACCCUGGGAAAAUUACACCCCUCGGCCGAAGAAGAAGCUCAGAGGACACGAAGCUUCCAGAGAAAAGGAGGCUCUUUAUUCUACUCUCACUGCCAAUUUCCUCCUCUCUGAUGACAUCCACAUACCUCAUAUUUUCAAUCCUUCACAGUUGGCCGCUUGGCUCGGAUUUAAAUGACCAUUCCGCGCAAACCCUGCAAUGAAAAUUUUGAAAGGUGGCUGUACUAUUUUGUGGUGGAAGAUCCAUUAGCAAUUGCUAUUGUCUUAUUGUCAAGGAGGAGACAAUUCCUCUUUUUAUUAUUCAAGAUUAGCUGUUGUGACAGAUUUUUCUGUAUAUAAGAAGGGUUUGGAUGUUCAUGGAAUCGACAGAUUCGGAAUGGAUAAAUACGUUUAUGGACAAGGCAUUUUAGAACUCUUUUUAUUUCCUUAUGUACGUUGAAUUAUGCUGUUGUAAUCGAGCCAAAGCUGUUUAAAAUUUAUCCAGGCUUUUGACAGCUUGUUUGGUUUUAGCAAAAGCCGUUGGAUCCACCUUAUCUUAUGCGUCUAACCCUGCAUAGUAACUUGCAUGGAUUUUCCUCUCACUAGUAUGUAAUAUUCUCAUUAAACAAAAAAAAAUUCUUAUUUCUUAUACAACUAUUUGAUUUC